UUGCUGGACCAGCUCGAAGCCGACAAAGCGCAAAAGAGUUCGGAAUUGCAAAUCGCAGUUACGGCAAGGGAUGCUGCAUUAGCCGAGCAGCAGAAGCUUCAGCGGGAGAAUUGCCAAUUGCAACAGCAGCUGGAAUCCACGAACACCGCACUGCAAGAUCAGGUCCCGUGGAAUGAUAUACAGCUGGUGUUGGAUCAGGCACACGCAGAGCUGGUUUCCGCGACCACUCGAUUCUGGAGCACGAUCGACGCCUUCCAGAACAGACGACUGGCAUCCUAUUUGCCAGGCUCCGGAAUGAUCCAGGCGGAAUGGCCCGAUCAGGGCGGCGCGGUUACGCUUGGCCACGAUAUGCUCCCCAGCAUCUCCCAAUCGAACAAUGACAAUGUCCCGCUUGGUACUCAACAUGAACUACCUACCACCGACUGA